AUGUACUACCUCAGCUUCAAGACUAGCUCGAUCAGCAUCUUUCAGAUUGCGCACCUUGUUCUCGAAGCUCUGGCUAUCUUGGCCAUUGGAAACAUGCCUCUUCGCAAUCCAUUCUGGGGCUCACUGGAUAUCGGCAACACCAAAGUUCCUCCAUCGAACCAAGUUCGCAGUCCCGAAGAUAACCUCACGCUCUUUCAGUUCUGGACCAUGAAAUGGGUAAAUCCUCUUUCCAAAGUCGCCGGCCAGCGUGAAAUCGCCGUGGGAGACGUGUGGCAGUUACCAUAUGAGUUUCAGCACUGGAGACUUUACAUGGCUUUCCGCACUCUCAAGGGUAAACUUCUCCCAUGUCUCAUCGAGGCCAACGGGUUGGAUCUUUUUAUAUCGACUUUUGCAGCUGUCGUUGAACGUGUCGCUGAAGUCUCCAACCUUCGUCUCACGAGUAAACUGUACCAGGCUCUUGAUAAGGGUGAUCCCGCAGAGGCUGGUCUCUGGUGUAUGGUUAUACUCUCCAUCGACACUAUUCGUCAGAUUGCAAGAACGUCUUCGGGAUGGUAUUCGCGCAAAGCAUACGAAAGGAGUCGCGGAGAGACUUUUAUCGGUCUAUUCGGGAAACUUCUUACAAGAGCUGUACCAGGAUCUGAAAUGACAGAGAAAGAUCCUUCGACUACUGAAGAAAACGACACUUCAAACAGUUCUGGAAAAUUCUCUAAAUUCUUUCAACAAUGCCGCGGACGGAAAAAGCAAAAGACAACAGUGUCACAACCAUCUCAAGACCAGCAAGCUUCCAACGCAAAAGUCGUCAACCUCAUCCGCGGUGAUACCUACGAGAUAUCCCAACGAUUCUGGGAAUUCGCACGCGUUGUCGCCACACCUAUCAAAGUUAUUGUGACUAUCUACUACCUUAUCGACAUAAUGGGCUGGCCUUCUUGUGUGGGCUUUGGUUUCAUGGUCAUCUUUAUUACCUGCAACUCUUUUCUUGUCAGACAGGUUAUUAAGCUAGAGCGUCAAAGAACAGCACAUUCUGAUCGACGAGCUCAAGCUGUUGCGCACUUUGUCGAGGCUAGUCGCCCGCUUAAGCUCAACGGAUGGACAUCGUCGUGGCGUGAUAGGAUUUUACGGUUUAGGGAUGUUGAGAUGAGAAAGAGACUUCAUAUCUCAAUUGUCAAUGCGGCCAUUUCGACGAUUAAUGUCUUUGGUGGUGCCGUCUAUCCUUUCGCGAGUAUUUGUCUGUACACGCUUAUUUUGGGUCGUGGUCUACCAAACGAUGUCAUCUGGCCUUCUCUUCAACUAUUUGCCCAGCUUGAGGCGAGUACGAGAGAAGCUUUCGAUCUUAUCUCUGCAGUUUGGAAGUGCACUAUUCCUGUUGAGCGUGUCAACAGAUACAUGUCUGAACCAGACAGAGACCAAGAUGCUUUCAGCGGCUCACAAGAUCGCGAUAUCGAAUUCGUCAAUGCUUCAUUCUCUCGUCCUGCCACCGACCAUCUCGUUCUUCAAGACCUUACUCUCAAAUUCUCAACGGGACUCAACGUCAUCCGAGGAAAAGUCGGUUCUGGAAAGUCAAGUCUGUUGCUCGCUAUUCUCAACGAGUUGGAACAUCGCAGUGGAGUAUUUUCACGAGCUGAUGAGCCGAUUGCCUACGCACAGCAACUCCCCUGGUUACAGAACAAAACUAUCAGAGACAACAUUCUUUUCCAUGAACCUUUUGACCAAGAGCGUUAUCGAAGUGUUCUCAGCGCAUGCGCUUUACUUCCAGAUCUUAUGACGUUUCCUAUUGGCGAUAAGACGAAACUUGAGGAAGCGGGUAUUGGUCUCUCGGGAGGUCAAAAGGCGCGUGUUGCUCUGGCACGAGCUGUGUACAGCAAAUGUCGCAUUUUGUUAUUGGACGAUCCCCUUGCGGCUUUGGAUCAUGAUACUGCGAGUUAUAUCGUCCAGCACUUCCUCCGCGGUCCUCUCGCCCAGGGUCGAAACAUUAUCCUCGUCACACAUCGGGAUGAUUUAGUUCUUAAACACGCUGAUCAAGUCGUUGAUAUCAAAGACGGUUAUGCACAUGUCUUGACGCAAGAACAGCUAAAACAAGAACUAGAACAUCCUCACCACGUCAACUCUGGUGCUAUUGAUGUCCAGCAACAUGAGACUUCACAGGAUCAUACCUCUGAAGAUACCCCAGGCUCCAAAGACGUUCCUGAGCAGGUCACAGAGACGGGAGCCAUUCCAUUGACUAUUUACCAAAAGUACAUGAGUGCAGGUGGCUGGCAUCUGUGGAUUUCUCUAGCUUUGUUCUAUGGUCUAUCUCGAUACUGCGAUAUCUCCCGUGCUCGUCUUCUUGAAGCUUGGGGUCAUGAAUCUGCAGGUCUUGAAGGGAUUGUUGCGAGUAACUACUGGGGUCUUCCUAACCCAAGCCAGCAUCCUCGACCGUGGUUGUACGUUCUAGCUGGACUUUCAAUCGCCCAGGUUGUAGCAUUUGCAGCCGCUCAAGUCCUCCUGGCGUCCAUCAGUAUCCGCGCAGCUAAAUUUCUCUUCAAAAUCGCCAUUGACAGGGUUAGCAAGGCAUCUUUCCGGUACCAUGAUACCACGCCAACAGGUCAGCUAAAGAACCGCCUCAUUUCCGACAUGGGUAUGGUCGACGGUGGUAUUCUCGCGCCGCUGGAAUCAUUCGUAUAUAACAUGAUUGCUCUCGCUCUGAGUCUCUUUGCAAUCAUGACGCACCAGAUAUUUCUGGUACUGAUCAUCUUUGUCGUCGGAAUUCUGUUUUCGUACUUUUAUAGUAUAUACGUCCCGGCCUCGCGCUCUCUCCGCCGAAUGGAGAUGCGUUACCUGACACCCAUUAUCUCCAACAUUGGAGUCAUGCAGGAUGGCCUAGUCACUAUUCGUGCUCUCAAGGUUGAAGAACGUUUCCAGGAUAAGCACUUGGAGGCAGUCGAUGACUUUCAGAAGCACGACCAUUUCUUCUGGAGUAUGACUUUCUGGCUCGACUUUCGACUUGGUAUGUCUUCAGCCAUCAUGCGGACCAUUCUUGUUCUUUCCAUGGUAUAUAUGGGCACUCCUGCCAGCGCGGUCGGUUUCGUCCUCACGCAGACCAACAUCGCCAUGGUCGCUGUUCAACAACUCUGCGAGAAAUUUGCUGCGCUGCAAUUAGAUGCCGUAUCGCUUGAACGAGUAGACGCGUUGAACCGUGUCCCAGAGGAACCAAGUGGUGAUAUUGAACCACCCCAAGACUGGCCCAGACCAUGCGACAGCGUUCGCUUCGAUUCCAUGUCGUUCAAGUACGCUGAAGAUCUCCCAUCCGUGCUGGACGACGUCUCAUUCGAAAUCCCCGGUGGUUCAACAUGUGCCGUGCUUGGCCGAACAGGAUCCGGUAAAUCAACCAUCGCCAACGCCCUCCUCGCGACACAAGCACCAGCUUCAGGCUCCGUAACGAUAGGAAGCAUCAACCUCGCACAAGUCAACCGUACAGCACUUCGCCAUCGGGUGACAUUUAUCCAACAAGACCCGAUUCUAUUCCCCGGCUCACUUCGCGACAAUAUCGACCCAGAGACCAAAUUCUCCGAACAAGAAUGCACAAACGCCAUUCAUCGUGUUCUAGGUGAAGACUGGACCCUCGACUCACGCAUCGACGCGGGAGGUAAGAACCUAAGUCAGGGACAACGACAACUGGUGGGUAUCUGUAGAGCUGUGCUGCGACGAAGCGGGCUUGUUAUUCUUGAUGAGGCGACGGCGUCUAUAGAUCGGGGCACUGCGGCGACUGUGCAGAGGAUCUUGAGGCAGGAACUCAAGGAGAGUACUGUGAUUACAAUUGCGCAUCGUCUUGAGGCUGUGCAGGAUGCGACGUGGUGUUUGAGGCUUGAUAGAGGGCGGGUUGUUGAGUGUGGUCCGGCGAGGAAUUUGGGGGAGACGGCGUAG